CUAAACUGUUUUCGAUUGUAAUUAUGCAUUUGUCCACAUGCAUAUUGUGUACAUGAUUGAAGUUUCUUUAAAGAUAAAAGCAAUGGUAAUCUAUUUGGGAUGUGUAUUCUUUCAUCUGGACUCUUCUGCUUGUUGCCAUGGAAACAUCAUACUGAACCAAUAUUUUAAAAUGUGGCUGAAUCUCUCUAUGACCAGGUUAUCUUAUUGGCUCCUCGAUGUUUACACCAAAUCGUAUCAACUUAUCAUAGGUAAACAAGAUAAGUCUAUAUGCAAACACAUGUCAUUGGUGAAAACACUAUGUAUCCAUAAGUUUUUACUCUCAAAAGAGUUCACUUUCACUAUUGUCAAGCUCUCAUAGCCAUCAAAAGAAAAAAUAUAUCCAAGAAGUAACAUGGUGCUGAUUUUCAGACAGUACUCCUGAAACUAUAAAGCCAUUCGAGGCUACUUUGUUAAGGGUACCACUAAUUCGUCCUAGAGUUUAGACCAUGACCAAUGUCUCAAUCUCCAAUGAUAUUUUUAGUGAUUUCCAGGAUGAUCAGUUUCAUCUUGAAGGAUAUGAGAGAAGUGAGUUAGUGGUCAAUGGCAUUGAAGAAGGUUGUGUAGAUAUUGAUUCUCUUUACUCCAUUUGUGGACUUAACAAUGAAGAGAAUACAUCUGAUGAACAAGUUAGAACCAACUUAUUGGAAGAUCAGCAACAAAGUCUAUCAGAUUGGAUGCAAAAUCAUUUCCUCACCAACACAGUCAUGCCCUUGCAACCGGUCCAAAUCCAAUCUACUAUUGAAGCACCAACAAAUGAUGAUUUCCCGCCUCAAGUACCAGAACCUGCCAACUCUAGCAAUGAAAAACCAAAGCCGUUUUCAUUAGCAUCUUUGGAGCUACUGAGCAAUUAUGGCAGACUGAGCAAGAAAUCCAGUGAGGAAAACUUGUGCACUAAUGCACUAAGUUGUGAGGCUCGCUUAGGUAAUAGCCACAAGUUGCCAAUGAAAGAGAUCUUGAGGGCUGCUGGAGAAAGGUACAUUCAGUACUCCACCCAAAGGCUAGAUGGUCUUUCUAUGUUCAUCCACCCUUAUGGUUCGGCACUCUCAGGCCUUUGUAUGGAGGAAACAAGGGACGUGGAGCUUGUCCACCUCCUCCUAGCUGCAGCAGAAGAAGUGAAUAAUCAACAAUUCCAUCUAGCUAGCAAAUUGAUUUCUCGUUGUAUGUGGGUGGCAUCUGAUUCAGGUAAUCCAGUCCAGAGACUUUCUUACUAUUUUGCUAAAGCUUUAGAAGAAAGGAUUGAUCGAUCAACUGGAAGAUACACAUGUACGGAUGAAGAUCACCACCUCAAGUAUAUUAAAAUUAUGUCAUUAGGUACCAACGCUGCAUUCUUGACCUGCCACCAACUAAUUCCUUUCAGUCAAGUGAUGCAAUUUGCAGGAGUUCAAACAAUUUUUGAAAAUGUCAGAAGCGCAAAAAAGAUUCAUUUGAUUGAUUUUAAUAUCAGAAGUGGAAUUCAAUGGAUAGUCUUGAUACAAGCUCUUGCAGAAAAAGGUGACAGUCCAAUUGAGCUUCUUAAGAUAACUGCAGUUGGAAGCAUAGAAAAAGAGAACUUUGAAGCAACAAGCAACACAUUACACAGUUUCACCAAGUCCUUAGGCCUGCCAUUUUCAUUUGAUAUAGUUUUUGUCUCGGACAUGAAAGAUUUCAAGAAAGAGUCGGCCAAUAUUAAGACAGAUGAGACUGUGGCUGUUUACUGUAACUCUAUACUAAGGACAAUGCUAUCAAGACCAGAUUGUUUGGAUAAUUUGAUGAAAGUAGUCAGAAGUAUUGGACCAAAAAUUAUUGUUGUUGGCGAAGUUGAAGCAAACCAUAAUUCACCAUCAUUUUUAAACCGCUUUAUUGAGACACUUUUCUUUUACAGUGCAUUUUUUGAUUGCUUCGAGGACUGCAUGGAUCGACGCAGUCCAUGUCGAACAACGAUUGAAGGGGUAUAUUUUGGUGAAGGUAUUCGGAACAUCGUGGCGGCUGAAGCUGAGGACAGGUUCACCAGGAAUGUGAAGCUUGAAGUAUGGAGAGCAUUCUUUGCAAGGUUUGGUAUGGUGGAAGAAGAGCUUAGUGAGUCAGCUUGGUAUCAAGCUCAUCUGAUUCUCAAGCAAUUUGCCCAAGGAAGUUCUUGUGAUCUUCAAAAGGAUGGGAAAGGCCUCAUUAUUGGGUGGAAGGGAACACCAAUUCAUUCUCUAUCCAUUUGGAAGUUCUUGUAAGAAAACAAUUUGCUUUUAUUGAGGAAACAAAUAGGAUGCUUACUUGCUCAGUUCAAUUGUACACCAUCAACGGACCAUAAAGCAUCUCCAAGCUGCCUAAAUCAAGAAUUUUGCUCCUAAACUCAUAUUUCUGGGAUAGAGGGCUUGUGUACAUGUUGUUCACCGUUCCUCCUUUGUUUUGAGCACCUUGUGAACAAAGAGUGGGUAGAAGAAACAGAAGUCCUCAUUUAGAGUCACAUACUUCAAGAAGUGCAGGAGACUGGAAAUGGCUUGGUUAAUAACUACUUCUAUCCCUUUAGAUCAAAUAUGUUAACAGCGGAAUUGCAAUAGACACCUAUGAUUAGGCCUGAAAAAAGGAAGAGAAACCUUUGAAGUCCUAUGGUCCCAAAAGUUAUAACCUCAUCACAAAUUCUAUGCCUUCUGGUUUAUCCUUUUACCAAAAAAAAAUCCCAAAUGGAUUGGAUUAAUGAACUCUCACAGGACAGAAUAUAAAAUUAGGGAGAUUUGAGUCAAUUUACUAGACUGGUUUUGGACAGAUUUGUGGAUUGGUGAUGAAUGUCUAAAAUAUUAGCUUCCUACUCUUUUUAACUGCUCAACUAAAAAGGUUGGUAUUGCUACAUUUCAUUCUAAAUCUGAUUGGCAGCAAAGGUUCCGGAUGAGUUUGAAUGAUUGGGAGAUACAAGAAUUUUGUCAGUUUCUUCAACAAUUUGGAUCAGUUUAUAUUGAUCAGAGUGGACAUCCUGAUCUGGAAGGCAAGUAAAGACGAGAAUUUUUUUUUAGUUAAGAAUUGCUUUAGUAUGUUGAUAAAGACAUGUCGGUGGGAUAAUUCUUGGCCUUGGAGGAUGAUAUGGAAGACAAAAGCUCCUGUUAAAGUAGCAUGUUUUGGAGGGGUUGCAACAUGGGGGUAUACUUAACUCAAAAUAACUUGCAGAAGAGAGGGUUUGACCUAUGUAGUAGAUGCUACCAGUGUCAAGAAUAUUGGGAAGCAGUUGAUCGCCUUCUUUUUGUUUGAUGGGUAUGCAGUAUAUUGUAUAAAGUAUUUGUACUAAGUCAGUGCAACAGGCGUAAUUACAAGUUCUGCAAAUCAGCGCAGUUGAGAACCUUUUUCUCCAUUCCAGAUUUUCUAGAGAAUGAUGGGAGUUAUUCCUUAACCUUUCUGGAAUGACAUGGGUGAUGUCUCAAAAUGCGAAAGGUUUACCAGAAGGAUGGCAGUGGCAGGUGAUACCAAAAGAGAUGAAGUAGAGAACUACUCCAUUGAGCAUCUUAUGGACAAUAGGGCUGGAGCUGAACAAGGCUUGCUUUGAACGACAGAGAACUCAAAUUUUCUGGAAUUAAGAUAAGAUGUUUAUAGAAUUUUACUUCUGGUGUAAAGUAGCUUAAUGGAUAGUAUGAACCAGUAUAUGGAAGAAGAGUGUAGUAGGCUGCUUUUGUUAUAUGUAGUUUUUGUUUCUUUUCUUGUACCAUCUUGGUACCAUUUAAUCAAAUCUUUACCUUA